AUGGGCUUAGGGAUUAGUUUUGCCAGACUAUGCUUUUUCAGGCUAUUCACAAACACUGCCGUCGAUUUUAUUCAGGCUGCCAUUCCGGUUCUGACAAAUUCAAGACCGCGGGUCUCCGACUGCAGGCAAAGCAAGGACGAGUCCUCGUCUGAACCCAAAGGCGGAGACCGUCGUCUCGCUGAUCAGAAGGUGGGUACUCGCCUGGCCAGACCGAACCAGGUCUCGACUUCCCAAACGAGCGGUCUCGAGGAAUUUUUCAAAUUUGAGGCUGCCAGUGCGGGAAGCGAGACAGCCGGUCUCGUGUCUCCUCCAAGUCGAGACAGGCGGUGCCUGACCAUCGGAGGCGACGGGCUCGACGUUAGGCUCAAGGCUACGAGACGGUGGUCUCGCCUAGCGAGACUGGCAGCCUCGCUUUCGCCUGAGUCGAGACAACAGUCCGGUUGCGUCGAGCCCGAGGCGUUCUUGCUUGCUGUCGCCGAGAUGCAAUACGAGACCAGGCUGAUGCGGAACCAUGAGCGAGCGGUCUCGAGAUGCCUACAAGU